AUGGGUAUCCGGGAAUCCAUUUUUCUGUUGUUUUUAAUACUAAUUUCCACAUAUGAAUCCUUCGCAAAAGAAGGCUUGGCAGAAGAAUUGAAUGAAGAGUUCACAGAAGGACUACUAUUGAGGCCAUUACCCGAUCGGAAAGUUCUAGCCCAUUUUCACUUUCAAAGCAGUGUGCCACCUACUCGAACCUAUGGCCGCCACCACCAUCUCUUCCCCAAAUCAAUUUAUCAACUGGUUAACAAAUUCAGAGUCCGGGAGAUGGAGUUAUCUUUCACCCAAGGUCGGUGGAAUUAUGAAAGCUGGGGCGGAUAUGAUCCCAUAUCAAGCAAUAAUGCAAAGCCUCCUGGAGUUGAGUUGUGGGCUGAUUUUGAUGUUCCCCUAGAUCAGGUUGAUGCGUCAUGGAAAAAUUUGACCCAUGCUCUUUCAGGGCUCUUUUGUGCUUCAAUCAACUUUCUGGAACAUUCAACUAGUUACUCUGCACCUCAGUGGAGCUUUCAUUCAUUUGCAGGCAAAUUACGUUAUGGAACACUGCCCCGUGAAGCUGUUUGCACUGAAAAUCUCACUCCCUGGUUGAAGUUGCUUCCUUGCCGAGACAAAGCUGGGCUUUCUGCACUAAUGGACAGGCCUUCUAUAUACAGAGGAUAUUAUCAUUCUCAGCGGCUCCAUUUGACUUCAGAUGAAUUUGAUGCAGUUAAAUCGAAUUCUGGUAUAAUGCUUGAACAAACCCUUACAGUAGUUCUUCAACCAAGCACAUUGGAGGCCAGAGCAAUGGUUUCUGUUAAAACAUUACAGCCAAGUUGGUCCCUGAGUUCAUUGUUUGGCAGGAAAGUCCAUGGAAGAUGUUCCGUAUCAAAGUCUAGUAAUGUGUAUGUUCAGUUUGAGCAGAACCUAGUAUCUGAAUUGAAGGAAAUGUGGAAGGAAAGUGAAGGAUCGGAGAGUGGAAUUCUUAUUCAUGAUGACUUUUGGACUAACCCGAUCUUUGAAAUGUCAGCUUCCCCCCAUAGGGUAGUAAAAGAAGUAGGGAACUUGCAGCAAGAGGAUUCCUCAAUUCUAUAUGAAUUUUUGGUUGAGGAUUACAAUGACUCAGAACCAUUUGAUUUGGGCUUAAGGUGGAAGCUCCCUGUAGCAUGGUUGUGUCAGCAAGCACCUUUACGUGCUAGUAGGUUCUUAAUGGGAAGUGGGAAUGAGAGGGGUGCCAUAGCAAUCUCCUUGAAAUCUUCUGGUAUCAACAAUACACAAAGAGUUGGUUGCAGUGAGAAAGGAUCUCUGUUAAGUAUUGAUAUUUUCCAAGUGGUGCCUUGGUAUGUCAAGGUCUAUUAUCACACACUGAAGGUAUUCAUAGAUGGAGAACUUCAGUCUACAAUGGAAAACAUAGAAAAUAUGCAUGUUUCACCUUCCGAAGACAAGGUCUCUCCCGGAGUAAUGGAAAUGAUCUUGAGAUUACCCUGUGGUGUUAAAACAGCUGCAUUAACAUUGGAGUUUGAUAAGGGCUUUCUGCACAUAGAUGAAUAUCCUCCAGAUGCUAACCAGGGAUUUGACAUUCCGUCAGCUGUAGUAAGCUUUACUGACUUCCAAGCAAGCAUAGGUUUUGAAGAUAAUUUUUUGAACAAGUUGCCAAUAUUGAAUGAGUUACAGGAAAGAAAGCAUGUUAUCUGUUACACAGAAGUGCUCCUUGUGCCAUUGACGACUCCUGAUUUUAGCAUGCCUUACAAUGUCAUCACAAUUACCUGCACGGUUUUUGCUUUAUAUUUUGGAUCACUGCUCAAUGCACUACGAAGGCGUGUUGGCGAGGAAGAAAGGCUUUUGAAAAGCAAAGCUGCGAAGAAGAAAGGCCCAUUGACCUCGCUUCUAUCCAAGUUGUUUGCUAAGUUGACUGGAAGGCCGGUCAACCCUCCAGAGACACCAUCAGCUUCACCAUCCUUCAUAGAUUAUAAGCUAAUUGUGAAAGUUAUCUUGGUAGCUGGUAUGGCUGUUAAGUUAUUCAGGUCUUCCUUUCAGCUCAAUUAA